CCUAACCCUUAGCACAUGUGAGACCGUAAAGAAGGAGAGGUCCAAUUCAGUGUUUCUUUCUUAAUAGCGGAUUUAUCGUUAGAUUUAAACUCAGAUAAACAUGAAGAAGAAACACCCUGUUGCAGAAGAGGCGGGAGAGGCACUUCCCUCAGAUUCUUCCCAUGAUGACGACAAUGAUAAAAAUGAGGCUCCUCUUAAGGCCAAAAGGAGCAAACAUGAGACUAGAGAGGAAAAAGUGGUCUAUCACCCUGUGAAGCUGUCCCGAAAUGAUCUGUAUAGACCCCCUACAGCAGAGGAGCUAAAUCAGCUGAAAGAGGCCGAAAGUCUGUUUCACUGCAGCCUUCUCAAAAUGCAGAUGGAGGAGCUUCUAAAAGAGGUUGUGCUGAGUGAGCAUAGGAAACAGAAAAUUGAUUCAUUCAUUCAAACUGUCACUGAGGUCCUCCAGACUGUGCCUGAUUCACCAGAAGUUGAGGUAAAUGACCUGUCAUGGCUGUCUGGCGCAGUUAAGGUUCCUUUUCUCCUGAUGCCCAAAACAACAAAGGGCAAGUUCCACAUGGCCCCUCCAGCUUCUAUUGAUCUGAUCGGGAGCUACCCUCUAGGCACAUGCACCAAGCCACAGAUAAUGGUGGACCUGGCUGUCACAAUCCCAGCAGAUGUCCUUCACCCAAAAGAUGUCAUAAACCAAAGGUAUCCAAGGAAAAGGGCUAUUUACCUUGCAGGCAUUGCCCAGCAUCUCAAGUCCUCCUCUGAUAUUGGGACCAUGCAAUAUUCCUGUCUUCAUGGGAAUCGACUUCGACCUGUACUGUUGCUGACCCCUCCAGGUAAAGAUUCUUCCAGCUUUUCUCUACGUGUUCAUGUCUGUCCACCACCUGGAUUCUUCAGUCCCACCCGUUUCCACCCUCAGAGAAAUAACAUCCGGACAGCGUGGUACACAGGACUGCAGACAUCCAACUCUGUGAACAGCGAACCUCCUACUCCACAUUACAAUAGCUCCAUUCUGGGGGAUUUACUGCCCAGGGCUCACCUCCAGUUUCUCUCGGCUGUCAGCUCCCAGUGCUCAGCUUUCACUGAUGGAGUAGCUUUGCUCAAAGUGUGGCUGCAUCAAAGAGAGUUAGACCAGGGCACUGGUUGCUUUAAUGGUUUCCUGGCCUCCAUGCUGAUGGCUUAUCUGCUGAUCACUCACAGAAUCAGUAACACCAUGACAGCCUAUCAGCUGCUUCGAAAUAGUUUGAACUUCCUCGCUUCUACAGACCUGACACAGGAUGGAAUUAGCCUAGCUAAGGAUCCUGACUCUUCAGCUCCAUCUCUUGCAGAGUUUCACAGUGCUUUCCAGGUUGUGUUUGUUGACCCUUCAGGGCACCUUAACAUGUGUGCUGACAUGACUGCUUCUACCUACAAACAGCUGCAGCAUGAGGCAUCCGUGUCAAUGCAGUUCUGGGACGACCCCACAGUAGAUGGGUUCCAGUGCCUCCUCAUGACUCCCAAACCCAUGAGCAGGACAAGUGACCAUGUCUUCCAGCUUUGUGAUUUGGUGAAGCUCCAGUCCUGCUGUAAGAAGCAGAAUCUGCUCAGUGAGCUAAUGGAUCACAGUGGAAAUUAUGUCCAGACUGCACUCCCUUUUAUUCUCUCGCUAUUCCAGCGAGGACUUGGCCAGAGGAUUCACCUCCUCACCCACUCUCUCCCUCCUGACCCUGAGUGGUCUGUUGAGAAUGAAGCCCCAAAGUAUAAAGCUCAACCUCCAGUCUCCUUUGGUUUGCUCUUAAGGACCGAGCUGGCAGCCUCUGUUCUGGAAAGGGGCCCAUCUGCUGACAGUCCCAAGGCAGCUGAAUUUCGUCAACUGUGGGGCCCUCGCUCUGAGCUGCGCCGUUUCCAGGAUGGUGCCAUCACUGAAGCUGUGCUGUGGGAUGGAGAAAGCAUGUGCCAAAAGCGCCUGGUUCCCAAACAGAUCAUCACACACUUGCUACAACUGCAUGCAGAUAUCCCCGAGUCCUGCAUACGAUAUGUUGGGGCGAUGGUAGAUGAUGUAAUCAAAACAGGAAGUGAGGCACCUGGUACUGGAGAGGAGGAGAGCUUAGUGGUGGUUCAGUCAUACGAUGACCUGAGCAGAAAAUUGUGGAGGCUGGAAGAUUUGCCUCUUUCCAUUACUGCAGUGCAAGGAGCCCACCCAGCACUCCGAUACACGCAGGUCUUUCCCCCUCGGCCACUGAUGCUGGACUAUUCCUUCUUUGACAGAGAAAAAACUACCAGAUCACUGGUUCCAAAAGAAGGAAAACCAUGUCCAGCUUACGUCACUCCUAUCACAGUGAUCUGUCACAUGGAGGGGAGUGGAAAGUGGCCUCAUGACCGCCUGGCAAUCCACCAUAUCCGAGCUGCUUUCCACAUUCGACUGGCAGAGUUACUCAAAAAGCACCAUAAUUAUACAUGCAGGCCCUGUCCCACCCACUUGGAUGUCUGGAAGGAUGGCUUGGUUUUUCGAAUCCAGGUGGCGUAUCAUCGUGAGCCUCAGGUGCUGAGGGAGAGUGUGAAUGCAGAGGGACUCCUGGUUAUGAGGGACAAUGAGGAGGCUCAGGCUCUGGAGAUGGCCACCAUUCACAAGCCACUGCUUACCAGCACAUUACAUGGACUCCAGCAGCAGCACCCAUGUUUUGGAGCAGUGUGUCGUCUGGCUAAGCGCUGGCUGGCGGCUCAGCUCUUCAGCGAUGACAUUACAGAGGACACAGCAGAUCUGCUGGUGGCGUCGCUUUUCCUGCGUCCUGCUCCAUUCAUUCCUCCAAGUUCUCCUCAGGUGGGCUUCCUGCGUUUCCUUCAUCUGCUCUCUUCCUUUGACUGGAGGAACAACCCGCUGGUAGUCAACCUCAACAACCAGCUCACAGCUGCAGACUACACAGAGAUCAAGAAUGGCUUCAUGGCCUCCAGAGAGUCUCUACCCGUCAUGUUUGUAGCAACGCCUAAAGACAAAAAGCUGUCUAUGUGGACCAAAAAAGCACCAAGCAUACAGAUGCUGCAACGUGUGAUGAUGGUGGCUGCAGAGAGUCUGAAAGUACUGGAGCAUCAGCUGAUGGAUGGCAACCAGAUACAAGAUGUCAGGGUGGCCAUGCGUCCUCCGUUGGAUGUGUAUGAUGUUUUGAUUCAGCUGAACCCAAAGCAGAUUCCUCUCCUCAGCCAGGCAGUAGACCCCCCAGCUGUCACCUUCAGCAGGGGUGUCUUGACGGACAGCGCAGCCCAGUCUGGAGGGGCCCUACCAGUCAUCGACUACAACCCUGUGUCCCUCUAUCUGGCACAGCUAAGAGAGGCAUUUGGAGACCUCGCGCUCUUCUUCUGUGAUCCCUUUGGUGGAACUGUGAUCUCAGUUUUAUGGAAACCAAAGGCCUUUGUUCCUGCACCCUUUAAAACUUCGCAGAUGUCGGCCCGGAUCGUGGAGGUGACCGGAGAUGAAGCAAAAAGCAUUCCUAAUGUUGAGGCGAUACUGGAGGAUUUCCGUGUCUUAGGAAAGGGUUUGGUUAAAUCAGUGCAAGCCAACACUGAGAAAUGGUCAUUUUAGAAGCCUACACACCACUGUAGCCUGAUCCAUUCAUUUUAGAUUUUUUUUUCUUACAGGAGAGGCUACAUUGAUGCCUAGUCUAAAAUGAGCUAUAAACAUAUCAAUGAUAGUCUGUGGUGAUGGUAUAGCUGUUAAAGACAAGCUUGAUGUUUGUAUUUUAAAUGUCCAUUUUACUUCAUUGAGUAAAAAAAAAAUGAAAAUUGACUCAGUUCUGAUUAUUAGUUCACUGUAAAGUUUAAAUAACUGGUUGAUUAUUUGAUCAAAAGGAAAUCAUUUAAAAACUG